CCGUAACGCGAUGGGGCAGCAGAUGGCUGAUGGGCCGGGCCCCAAGGCUUAUGAAGACGGGGAUCCAUCAGGCUGCCGGCCCGGCACUGGCAGGGAUCCCCAAGGCUCCGUUUUCCGGCCAGCUGUCUUCCACAUUCUCUUCAGUGAUUUGGGUGUAGAGCUAGAAGUUGUUCUGAGCGAGUUUGCUGGUAGUACUGAAACGGGAGGAGCUGCUAAUUGCAUUGAGAUCUCCGGUAAUCGGAGAGCCGGGCCAUCGGCCACCACGUGAAGCUGAACCAGAGCGAGCGCGGGGUUCUGUAGCAGGGAAGGGGCAGCCCUGGUGUGUGCACGCACACACACGCACACACACGCUCACAGUAGAGGCCACACGCACACGCACAGCCCCACCCCCACACACCCCCGGGCACGCACGCACGCACGCACGCUCACACGCUCACGUCACGCCAAUCCCCGCCCCUUCCGCCCCGCACUACAGCUCCCAUCGCGCCCCGCGCCGCGCAUGAGCGUUCGCCGCCUCCGCCUGCGGCCGGGAAGUGGCGGCGCUGCCCGGACGCCGUACGGGAGCGGGACCGCGCCGUGCCGUGCAGGAGCCGCUCCGUUCUGAGGCCGUGAGGACGGCACCGCGCCGGACGGGCCGCUGUUAUCCUUGGGCCUCCCCGGAGCCCGCGGGCGGUGAGGCUUCCGGCUGCGUGGAGCCCGUCGGCUGCGGAGACGCGGCGGAGGUGUAAAGAAGAUGGUGUAAAGCCAGCCGGUGCAGCUGCUGUCUGUGAUCUCCGUGUGCCCAGACCUCUGGGAGGACCAUGGCAGCAGCUCAGGGAGCAGGAAGCAGCUCAGCCGGGCCCCCCGGAGCCCCUGUCUCCAUCCCAGGGCACAGCAGCUCCACGGCAGUAGUGGUGUGGGAAUGGCAGGAUGAGUUUGGCCGGUGGAGGCCAUACCGAGGAGAUGUGUGCAAGUUCAUUGAGCAGGGUUUCCAGGCCUCUCAGCAGAAGGGACGGCGUUCAGGAUCAGGGCUUGUCAGCAGCAGCAUCUCUUUGGGACAUGCAGAUGCUAGCUUGGCCCCCUAUGUCAUCGACAUCCCAAGCCUGACGCAGUUCCGGCAGGAUACAGGGACGAUGCGGGCAGUCCGCAGACACCUCUUUCCCAGGGACUCAGCAGCCGAGCAGGGCAUCAUCUGGGAGUGGCAGAACGAUGAACGUGGCUGGUUCCCCUAUGAGAUGAACGUCUGCGUGUUCCUGGAGCAAGCCCACGCCUCCAGCCACCAGCGGGUGGACCUCAAACCCUUAGGCUACAACUAUGAAGUUGAUCUGGUGGCUCAAGUGCAGACCAACAAGACCACGAGGUUCUGCCGCAGUGUUCGGAGGCGGGUGGACAAUCCAUACCCUGUGACGGCCGCCCUGGCUCCCCUUCACACGGGGACGGGUUGCUCGUGCCAGCAGUGCUGGCUGAACGGUGGGACUGGCCCCAUCACCACGCGGUUCCGGCACUCCAUGACAAACUUCCCCAGUUCCUCUGCUGCACCUCAGGUUUCUGGUAGGACGACAUCAGUGAGUUCUUCCAGCGUCGGCUUUGUGCCCUAUAACAAACCCGCUUUGUCUGGAGCGAGGUCAACACCACGACUCAAUGCACAGAGCAGCUGGGCUUUACCCCAGGCUGGAGGUGCUGUGGGCCCCAGCACAGGACUGUCCACAUCGAAUGGAGUCAGUGCUCUAAAUCUUCCAGUCAAGAUGUCCAAGCCCAGCAAACUGAACCAGGCCUUGGCAGGCAUGACGGCUAUUCUGAUGUCAGCCGCUGGACUCCCCGUGCACCUCACCUGUGUGCCGCAAGCUGCCAGCACCCAUAAAGCCACUAAAAAACACAGCUCAGUUAAGGAGGGGAGGAAAGUGUCCAAGAAAGCAGCACCAACCGACCCAGAAGCAGUGGUGAAGAAGUACCUGGUGGAGGUGAAGGGCGCUCCUGCAGAUGAGGACUGUAUCAUCUGCAUGGAGAAGCUGGCCUCUCCUUCAGGUUACAGUGAUGCUUGUGAAUGCAGAACAAUCAAGCCAGAGAUGGUCGGUCGCCUGACGAAUUGCCAGCACUCCUUCCACAUGCUCUGUGUGCUGGCCAUGUACUCCAAUGGAAACAAGGAUGGCAGCUUGCAGUGCCCCUCCUGUAAGACCAUCUAUGGAGAGAAAACUGGUACUCAGCCCAAAGGGAAAAUGGAGGUCUCCACUUUCCCUCAAUCCCUCCCUGGCCACAGGGACUGUGGGACAAUCCAGAUCGUUUACCACAUCAGCAGAGGCAUUCAGGGCCCUGAGCACCCCAACCCAGGGAUGCCUUACACAGCAAGAGGCUUUCCUCGCUAUUGCUACCUACCAGACAAUGAGAAAGGCAGAAAGGUCCUGGAGCUCCUGAAGGUGGCCUGGAACAGGCGCUUGAUUUUCACAGUGGGCACCUCCAGCACCACUGGUGAGAGCAACACAGUGGUGUGGAAUGAGAUCCACCACAAAACAGAGAUGGACACAAACCUGAGUGGCCAUGGCUACCCUGACCCCAACUACCUGGACAAUGUGCUGGCAGAGCUGGCUGCCCAGGGCGUCACCGAGGACUGCCUGAGAAAAUGAGUGGUGUUGAGGGGCUCAGCUGGGCUGUGCACAUCUCUGUGGCCCCAUGCCCAGGGGCCCACCCAGUGCACUUAUUCCUGUUGCCUUAAGUUCCUGUGUCUGACCAUCUGUCACACUAAGCAAUAACACUGUCAUGUGGGA